CUAUUUAAGCUACUACGGCCAACAAUAUUAUCUUUGAAGAAGAAAAAUAAGAGAAAAUGUCGGUUUUCACCUGCAACGCCUGUAACAAAGAACUUCAAGAUGAAUCGGAGCAGAAGCUUCACUACAAAUCCGAAUGGCAUCGCUACAACCUCAAACGCAAGGUUGCUGGAGUUCCAGGGGUGACUGAAACACUCUUCCUUUCUAGACAAGCUGCACUUGCUGUAGGCAACAACAAGCCUUCUGCAACACCUAUGUUGUUUUGUUGUGGUCUUUGUAACAAAGGGUAUAGAAGUUCACAAGCACAUGCUCAACACCUGAAAUCACGCAGCCACGUACUUCUGGCUUCCCAAGAAACUGGUCGUUCGAAUGUGGAGAGGGCAAUAAUAAAGCCACUUCCACCGCGUGUUGUCAAUAACCACCUUUCCCAACAAACUGAUGAUGAUGAAGAUGAGGAAGAAAGUGAGUGGGAAGAGGUUGACUCUGAUGAAGAUAACCUCACAGAAGCUGUGGGUUCUUUGAAAAAUUUGAAAGUUGAUGAAGAUGAUGAUGAGCAUGUUGAAAUGGAGGAGGAUGAUGAGGAAGAGACUGAUGAUAUUUUAUUAGAUCCGUUGUGCUGCUUUAUGUGUGAUUUGGAACAUGACACCUUAGAAAGCUGUAUGGUACACAUGCACAAGAAACAUGGGUUUUUCAUACCCGACAUAGAAUACCUAAAAGAUCCAAAAGGUUUUCUUACAUAUCUUGGCCUUAAGGUUAAAAAGGACCUCCUAUGUUUGUAUUGCAACCAUAGACGUUUUCCUUUCGCUAGCUUGGAAGCAGUUAGGAAGCAUAUGGAAGCCAAAAGCCAUUGCAAGGUUCAUUAUGGGGAUGGUGGAGAUGAUGAAGAAGCAGAGCUAGAGGAUUUUUAUGACUAUAGUAGCAGUUACAUGAAUGAAGAUGGAAUGGAGGAUGAUCAACAACAGAUUAUGACAGCUGAUGAGAUGAAAAAUAAUGUUGAACUUGGAAGCGGUGGAUCUGAACUUGUGAUAACACAGAAAAGAACAGCUGACGGAGUUGUUUCAACUAAGAUGCUUGGCUCUCGUGAAUUUUUGCGAUAUUAUCGUCAGAAACCUAAACCUACUCCAGCCAAUCAUGCAGUUAUAGCUGCCCUAGCCUCAAGGUAUCGUAGCAUGGGUUUGGUGACUACGCUGUCGAGGGAGAAGUUCGUGAAGAUGAAGGUGUUGAGACAGAUGAACAGGUCGGGUGUGGAGCAAAUGAGGUCGAAAAUGGGAAUGAAAAGCAAUGUUAUCAAUAACCUUCCAAGUAAUGUACCAUACUAAGAAGAAACAAGUCUCAACUUUAUGGUACUUUUUUUAAUACAUUUUAAGCAUCAUUUUAAAGACAGUUUGCUAGAUCAUAAUAUUUUUCAUGAGUUUAAACAUUGUGUCUUUUGUGUUAGCAACAUUGUGUCUUUUGUUAUAAAAAAAAUUGUAUUUGGGAUUUUGACUGUUAUAUAUUUUUUGUUUACUAUUUAUUAAUGGUUAGGGAUUACAAUAGGACA